CCUACAGACUCACGGCAGGCAGCAAGGCAGACGAACGGUAGAGGUCCGUGUGACAGCAGUGUUGUGAUAACAUCUGUUAGCGAGUGGCCAGCUAAAUGUAUUUGGUUCAGAAACUUCGGAGUGGACCAGAGAGCAAUCUGGUCAAUGUAACCGUGUUAAGCCAGACACGAGGACAAGACUAUUUUACUACACAGUGCAGUAACACCAACAAGAUCCAUAUGGAGGAGAGGAUGUGGCCUGAUAGUCAACUAUCCAAUCAAAAGUGCUCUGGUACAAAUGAUUGAUUGAGAGACACUCGACAUGGAUGAUCUGUUGACCAAAUACUGUGUGUCCAAUCUGACCUGCCAGAUAUCCCACAUUAGACUAGACAGAUUUGUGCCAUCAUGGAAGGCUCACAGGAUUCCAGGGAAAGGAAUAGCAUAAUCCGCAUACAGGGACUGGUACACCUCAGAAACUAACAAUGGAUUUUGUUCCAGAUGCCACAGCAGUGGCUGAUUUACAGUGAGCUGUCUAAGAGGGAGCAGGACAUGCUGAAAAUUCGCCGGGACAGUGACACAAAGGCUGCCGAGCUUGUCAAGAUGGAGAAGAUGCUGCAGCAGACUAAGAGCCGGUUUGAGAAGAAGACAGAGCCUGGUUCUGAGAGCAUGGACCUCCAGGAGAACAUGGUGGAGGACCUGGAGGAGAAAGUACGCUCCAGCAGACGGUACAGGAGAAACUCCCUCCAUCACACACAGAUGCUGGAGAGCCAGAUGAAAACAGUGAAAGGAGAGCUAGUGGGCACACUGGAUCAUCUUCAAGAGCUCAGGAAUGUCCUGCGCCGCUCACAGCAGAAGGCAGAGGAGCGGAAAGCUGCGAUGGAGAAGCUGGCUGCAGGGCUCAGGUGAACCAAACGCUCUGCAGCUGCUUUCAUUUCCAAACUUGGUUUCUGAGCUCCAACUAAUGCAUCCUGUCGGUGCUGUGCAACAUUUUCUUCAAGUAAGACCACACCUUAAACUCUGGUUUGGCAAUGGAGAGGAAAGAAUUCAGCUCUGUACAGGUCAUCCAUCUCGGCAGGAAGUCAUCGUUCGGCACUCAAAGACUUAAUUUCAUGGACUUUUUUGGUCGUCUUUCCCAACCUGCUUUAUAUGUCCCCCAUCUAAGUCCAAAAACGCCAUAGUUCGAAGGCCCAAUAGUGACAAAUUUGGAUCUUAGCAUUUGCUUGUUGUGCUCUUGUUGUGUCUUUUGGAACUUCUACUUAAAAAACAAAUUAUCAGGUAUAAUUUUAAUUUUUUCAAUCAUACAUUUAUCAUUUAAUUUAAGUAGAAUUGUAAGGCUUGAAAAGGAAUGUUGAUAUUGUAUUAUUUAAUGUAAGACAGGAGAAAAGAACCAUAAAAAUCACUUGUUGAAAUGUCUUCUUUUACAACAUAGCAUGCCCUUAAUUUCACACAUAGUAGCCUGAUCAAUGCAUUUUGGUGUAUGCUUGUCUUAGAAUAAAAAAUGAAUUAUGUCUAUUAUUGAUGACCAUUUGGCGUUAUCUAGCUGUUGCAUUUCUUGUUUUUUGUGCAUUCAUCAAGUUUUUUUUUCCGAUAACUACCCUACCAUUCACAACAUAUAACUUCUUUUGUAAAUCUGUAAGUUCA